UCUGAAGGAAUCCUAGAAUAAAUAAUUAUCAUCAUUUAAAAAAAAAAAAAACCAAAAAAAAAAAACAUUAUUAACGACUCUCAGCGAUGACAUGGUCUUGUUACCGCGGCUGCGCGGUCUUCCUGCUCCUCUCCAUCACCCUCGUCCGUGGUGCGCCCGUCAUGGAAAACGAAGCCCCGCGGAAGGAUAAUGCGGGCACGGCGCAUGAUGGCAUGCCGCGGCUGCUGGACCCCAUCCGCGAGCUCAACCUGGAGACCCCCCAGCUGCCCGGGGAAGGGGACAAGGAGGUGCAAACCCGGUCCCUCUCCCGUCCCAAUCCCGCCCGCCUCAGCCCCAAGCAGCAGGGAGGAGAGGAGGGAGAGGAGGAGGAGGAACUGUUCAAAGACAUCGACCCGAAAACGCUCGCUGCCGUGCUGAUUGAAGCGCUGAACCAGGGCGGGGAGCGGGAGGAGGAGAGGGAGGGAGGGAAGGAGGGAAAGGAGGGUGGAGAGGAGAAGGGAGGAGAGGCAAUGCUAGCCUUGCUGGGGCGGCAGCAUCAGGAAGAGGCUAUGGAGAGGAGGAAGGAGGAAGAGAGGCUGACUGAGAGGGUGAAAAGCCGGACUAGGAGUGGCCAGGGGGGGCUGGAGAAGGAGAAGCCCAGGGGGGAGAGCAGUUCCUGGGAGAAGCCAAUGGCCGACCCCCCCUCAGAGGAGAAGGAGGAGGAGGGAGAGGAGAAGCAGGGAGUCCUGACCGAGCAAGAGAUGGAGAACCUGGAGGCCAAGCUGAGGGAGAUGCAAAGACAUAGCCUGGCUGUGGAGAAGGAGAGAGAGAGGGAGAGAGAGAGAGCUGCAGUCGCCAGCCUGGGGAAGGGGAGAGGGAGCUGGGCAGACUCGGAAGAGGUCCGGGGGGAGCUUGCUGCUUUCAUGGGGCUGGUGCAGAAAGGAGGGGAGAACCAGGAAGAGGAGGAGGAGGAGGCAGAAAGGGAGAGGAAGGCACAACAGCCCAGGCUGCACCACCCCCGGUUCAGAAGCGAGGAAGACGAGGAGGAGGCUGAGUUAGAGGCCGAGGAAGAGGCAGAGCAGGAGGAGGUGAGGAGGCAGGCAGCCGAGGCCCAAAGAGCCAGGGACGAGGAAGAGAAGCUGGCCGACGUGGCGUCCGAUCUGUUGCUGCAGUACCUCACGAAGCAGGGAGGGGACGCCAGAGAGCAGGAGAGGGAGGAGCUCGAGGAAGGGCACAGCCACAGCACUAACCCCAACCACAGGCAAGGCCAACGCAAAAAGAACUACCUUCUGGAAGACAACGCAGCCGAGGACAAGAGGUCCAACGAGGUUGAGGUCAGGGAUGAGCAGGACGAGGACGACAUCGACCCGCAGACCAUCGACAGGCUGAUCGAGAUCUCCAGCAAGCUCCACCUCCCCGCAGAUGACGUCAUCGACAUCAUCACCGACGUGGAGGAGAAGAAGAAGAAGAAAGACUCCGCCCCCGAGCUCCGGCGCCGACCCGCCCCUAACCCAGCCCCCAAACCGGCCUUCAACCAUAACCUUGACCAAAACCCCGCAGGCAGAGCCGGCAGCGCAAGGGCGCCCCCUGGCAGGCUGCAAGUGGAACUGCAACGCGAUUUCAAGCAUAAAGCAGCGCCUGUAAAACAGCAGCAGUAUCCCAAACAGCAGGCUUCCAUGCACAAGGUGAACAGCCUGUAUUACCCUCGCUACCAGCCUGCCAGACACAGCCAGGAGCUCUCUGUGAACGACAUCCUGGGCAACUCCCUGGACUACGAGGAGUCGUGGCCAGCCCCCUGGAGAUACCAAGCCCAGCAACAGCAGCAGCCGGAGCGAGAGAGCUACCCCAUCCCGAAUUACAUCCAGCCCCGGCGCCCCCCUCCCCAGCCCCGCAGGCACUUCUACUACCCCGCUGCCCCCAGGGGGCAGCAGAGAGGAAAUUACUACCAGGAGACGCGAGACAACGAGGAAGAGCUGGAGAACUUCAUCGAGAAGAUCCUGCUGGAACACCCGGAGGUGUUCCAAUGAGGAUCCGCCCCGCCGCCGCUGCGAAACCCCGCCCCCGCCGUGAGAGGAGAGAGAGAGAGAGAGAGAAGGCUGCACGUGUGUUUAUUCUCUGCUUCGUUCAACUGCUGUGCAAAAGUAUCGCUUCAUUGAAAAAAAAAAACCCUGUGACGUGUGGCUGUGCGUCACUCAGUCAGUCAGCUGUGUGCCCUGUGCUGAUGACGUGUACAACCUGACUUGUAUCAAUAAAAUCUGUGGCUUCAUGUAAAUAGCAUGUUGAUUUUACUAGUUUUGCUAAACAAAAAAACACAAAUAAAAGCAACUAUUUUA